AUGAGCAUAUUUUGCCUGUGUUCAGGAGAGAAUGUCUUUCUGCAUGCAUAUUCUCCAGGGGAUAUCAUCAUUGGAGGACUUUUCCCUAUUCACUUAAACACCAAUAGAACAACAACGCCAGGACCAAUCUCCUGUACUGCCUAUGAUAUUAAAAUCUUCCUACACACUCAAGUGUUGAUAUACGCAAUCAGAGAAAUAAACCGAGGCACACCAAGGGCUCUACCCAACAUCACCAUUGGAUAUGACAUCUAUGACACUUGUGGAGAUGUCACCUUGGCCAUUAGAGCCACACUGAAGCUGCUGGAGAACCAGUCACACCCUCAGAGCUGUUUCCCUGUAAACAUUCAAUCUGCUUUACCUGAACCCAGAACAAAGGUGGUGAUUGGUGAGAGGUUUUCUGAAGUGUCCAUAGCUGUCGCACGAGUUGUUGCUCUGUCAUCAGUUGCCCAGAUUAGUCAUGCAUCGACGAGUGAGCUUCUCAGCAAGAAGUUGAAGUUCCCCACUUUUCUCCGUACAGUAUCGAGUGAUGAAUAUCAGACAAAGGCCAUUGCUGAGCUGGUGAAGAAGUUCAACUGGAAAACAGUGGCCAUUAUAGGAAGUGAUGAUGAGUAUGGGAAGUAUGGCAGUGAUCGGCUUAGGGACAACUUAAUUAAAAUGAAGGACAUCUGCAUUGAAUUUAUUGACAUACUGCCCGGUUACUUUUCCAAGAACACACCCCAAGCCGUUAAGAAGUUGGAGAAUAUGGUCAGCAAACUCAAAAAUUCCUCUGCCGAAGCCAUUGUCCUGUUCACCAAGGCCUCCAAUGUUGCAAUCAUUAUAAAAAAAGCUAUUCAAUACAACAUCAACAGAACUUGGAUUGCAAGUGAUACAUGGUCCACCUCGUCAAAGAUCUCAGCAAUGCGAGACAUUGAGAGGGCCGGGCAGGUUUUCGGAUUCAUCUUUAAGAAGAAUGAGGUGCCUGGUUUUAAGGACUACGUCAUGUCAAUGUUCAGUGGAACCACCAAUACCAUCCUUGAACAUUAUCUGACUAAAUAUCCAUUCUGUUCGGGUCAGUCUAAGGACAACAACUUGUUCACAAACUGCCAACGGGGGUCAAAGCGGUGUCUGGACCCAAGCUGCUUGGCCAGUUACAUUGACCAGGAUGAAUCAUACAGUUUGUACUUAGCUGUACAAGUCAUCGUUGAAGGUCUCAGACGUUUGCUGAAAUGCAACAACCAACAGUGUCAACGCAGUGCCAAGUUUACAGCCUCCGAGCUUCUCAUGGAAAUCAGGAGAGUCAACUUCACUGUGGACACCACGCAUAUAUUCUUUGACUCCCAUGGAGACCCCAGUUUGGGAUAUGACAUUGUAUAUUGGAACAUGACUCAAUCCAUGCAGCCCAUGCGCAUAGAAACCAUUGGAGAGUACUGGCCAAAUGGAAAAAUUCACGUCCCAGAUGAUCUUGUUAAAAAAAUGCGCACAGAAAUGGUGAGUGCUUACCACUGCUCUAAGAAGUGUAAACCAGGACAAGAGCUGAAAAAGCAAGAUGGCCGUUGCUGCUAUCGGUGUGUUUCAUGUUUAGAAGGAGACUUUUCCUUGGGGGACCGUGGGGAGUGUAAACCCUGCAGCACGGAUCAGUAUUCAUCUCAAGAAAGGAAUAAGUGUUUGAAUAAAACUAUUGUAUUCCUAGCUUGGAAAGAUCCCUUCACUGUAAUUUUGAGUUCAUUUGCAGUCUUGGGGAUCAUUAUUACUGUUGCGUUUGCUGUUUUGUUUACGAUCUAUCGUAGCACUCCCGUUGUAAAGGCGGUCGGAGGUUACUUGUGUUUCUUGGAGCUUUUUUCCUUGCUGGCCUGCUUCUGCCUUACAUUCAGCUUCAUAGGAAAACCCACUAAGGCUUCCUGCAUGCUUGGCCUGCCUUUGUUCGGCAUAGCCUUUUCCCUCUGUAUCUCCUGCAUUCUGGCCAACCUGCUCCAAAUCUUAGUAGGCUUCAGCUUUGACUUGGAGAUAGGAUCCUGGCUAAAGAGGCUCAAUCAACCGGUGGCUUUGGUGGCCAUUAUCUCCGGGAUCCAGUUGGCCUUGUGUGUGCCAUGGCUGUACUUUAACCACCCAUAUCCAAAAGAGGAAAGAGCAAUUAAGACCAUCCUGCUGCACUGUCAUAAAGGCUCCAUUGCUUUCUUUAUAGCCAUGUUAUGUUACAAUGCUCUCUUGGCCUUCAUCUGUUUCCUGUUUGCAUUCAAAGGAAAGCAACUGCCAGAUUUAUAUAAAAAUGCAAGUUUAAUCACCAUCAGUAUGCUUCUGUUUCUAAUCAUUUGGAUCGUCUUCACCCCUGUUUAUAUCAGUUCGAUUGGGAAAUAUGAACAAGCAAUAGAAAUCGCCGCCAUUCUCAUUUCUACCUACAGCAUCCUCGUAUGUCACUUGGCCCCCAAGUGUUACAUUAUGGUGUUCAAAAAGGAGAUUAAUAAUGAGAACGCCAUUACUGAGUAUAUUAGGAAGCAUUAUGAGCAGAAAGGUAUCAGUGUGGUGAAAUCCUGA